AUGCCGGAAAACUCAAAAACAACAACAGCUUAUAGGUACAUCACCCCUCAAACUGUACUCACACAAUAUAGUCAACAUCAUCGUCAUUGCAUAAUUUUCACCGUUUGUUUGUAAUCAUUGUAAUCAACAUCAACAUCAUCGUCGUCGGCGUCGCUCAUCGUCUUGGUCGUGGUUGUUGUCGUCAUUGUUGUUGAAAUAAUCACGCAAUGUUUCCACGACUGUCCGGUGCGGACAUAUUCUCAGGUGCCACCACAACAGUGCGUCCAGUUUUUCCCAAUAGCCGACUAGCAUCAUUAACCCACUCAUCAGGCUCAUCAUCGGCUGUGGACAGUAAUGGUGAUGAUGGCAGAGAUGACUUCAACUUCAACAGCAAUAGCAAUAAUAAUGGCGGCGGCGGCGGCUAUGCCACACCGGGAUCUACAGCUUAUGGUUCAGCGCCCGAUGCGUCUUCAACAAUCCAAGACAUCACCUCCGAUAGCAGUAGUAGUUCAAUUAGUAAUUUCUUCCCGGACGACGAGGACUGGUGGUCGAAUGCGAUCGAAGAGGAUACCUUCGAUUCGCCGUUGGCCUUCGAUGCGAGCGAAAACGGCCUGUGGAAUGGACGUUUUGUACCACCGCCUCCACGGCCGCCAUUCUUGGAUGAGAGUGUUUCGGCCGAUGGUCUUACCACCUGUGAUUUAUGCACGUGGGCAUGGCAAAGGAAUGCCUACUUGGGGGAUGGUUCGUUGGAUCCCGCAGGCGAACUGGGAUGGGCGUUUACCUUAAUCAUAGUUUCAAUCAUAUCAGCUCUUAUAGGUGCUAUAGUAAUGGUCGUAGUCCUUAGAUGUAGAAGAAUAAAAUCGGCGAAUGGCAAUGGAGGCCGUCCACUACCCUGGUGGUGUCGAAACAGUCGAGCUGGUACUAAUGGACGCGCCUCAAUGUCAGCCAAGCACCCUGCAGACAGUAUACGUAGGCCAACAAGCAAUUCCGGUGUAUGGACUUGGCUCAGCAAUCGAAGAUCAUCAGCUGGUCCCGAUCAAAUAGGGCCACCCUCGUCGUCGCCUGCAGAAAAUCAUUACACCCACAUGGAUGAUGCGUACAGUCCGGUCGGCGUCGGAGAAGCUCUGUACGCUGAAUUAGACCGGGAAUCAGUACGAUCAGCUAACCCAUCGUAUCAAAAUACCGCUUACAGUCAAUGCGGUGAGAAGUAUAACUUCCAACAACACGAUCAGGACAUUCCAAUGGUUGUGUCAUCAGCACCAAGCAGUGCCUAUUACUCGGAUCUAUCUGUGACAGCAAUACCCGGUGCCAAUGAUCGGGCCUAUGAGGUAGUUGGACUUACAGUAAUGUCACAACCGCUACCAAAUUGGGACGCAGCGGGAGAUUCAAGUGGUGGCAGUAGUGGAGGUUUGGCCUCUGCGAGACGUAUACCCCGCCUAGCGGCGAUCAACGAAAGUACGACCACAGUGCCCUCGGAUUAUGUUUAAUUUUGUUUGCAUUAAGAAAAAUAAAAUCGGAUUCUUUUGCUUUUCGCUCCUCUCUCCUGCCACACAUCCUUUACUUUAUUAUAAUGUUUUCUUAGUUAUUUUUGUACAAUUUUGUUGUAAAAAAAUUAUAUAUAUACAUAACAUAAGCGAG